ACAACUACUUUUGUCCCUCUCCUACUUCAUUUUCUUUCAAAGCUAAACAAACAUCUCGUGUUCUUUCACUAGAAAGAAAAAAAAACGCCUCAUUUUCUUCUCCUUUCUCAUUUGGAAUUUUUUUGAAAGGAAAGUUUUCUUUAGAAUUUUAAAUGAAGAAUCAACCAAACUCUCCGGUUACAGAUAUCACAUUGACAUCAUCGUCAGCGUUGAAUCUACCAGAUUCACCAUUUACAGAUACCACAUUGACAUCAUCGCCAUCGUUGUUCAACACUUCUUCUUCUCCUUCUUCUGCGGUGAUUACACAUCAAAAUCCUCUUGACUUAGAUGCUGCAACUCCAAAUCAGUUGGUGUUGUUACUCCAUGAUGUUAAUCUACGCGAAGAGGUUGUCGAUCAACUCGUCAAGAAGCGAGAUACAUGCGAAAAUCUUGCUCUUCUGUUGUGGAACACGUUCAAUGUAGCUUAUAUACUUUUGCAGGAAGUCACAGUAGUGUACCGGAAGUUGUCACCCUCAAAGUUAUCUCCGAGGGAGUCAACUCGAGCAUGUAAAGCCCUUGCUUUGUUUCAGGUUAUGGCCAAUAACCCAGAAACAAGAAGGGGGCUCAUAGAAGCCCGAAUACCGUAUUAUUUCUACCCAUUUCUCAAGACUAAUGGAAAUGAUGGCGAGCCUUUGGAGUAUUUGAGGCUCACUAGCUUGGGCGUUCUCGGUUCCCUAACACGGUUUGAUGAUCCAUAUGGAUCAGUUGUCCUUACUUUUUUCAUGGAAUCGCAAGUGGUUCCUUUGUGCCUAGGGUGUAUGGAUCAAGGUGAUGAACUGUCAUCGAUGGUUGCAACCCUCAUAGUUAUGAAAAUGUUGAUGCAAGAGGCGGGAAUGACCUAUUGUUGUGCUUCAGCUGAUCGCUUUUACUCGAUAGUACAGGUCUUGCACCGAGUGGUAGAGAAACUGUCUGAAAAACCUUGUUUACUGCAUCUGAAAUAUGUGACACAAUGUUAUCUAAGUCUUUCAGUGGUGUUAAAGUUCGUCUGCUCUUGUGAUACAUCGAGAAGACAAGUUCCUCCCCAACUGUUUGAUAACACUUUUAAGGGCAUUCUUCGUGAUGACCCCGAAACUUCAUGGAUGCUGCAUCUGCUAUAUUUCAGUAUUUACGGCUGUUUUCCGGCGUAUCAAAUCAGUAACAACAUUGCAAAGCCGGAUACAACAACUCAAAAGGCUAAGGGAAAGGGAAAGAAGAAGAAGUGAACUUGUUCUGUGGGAACCUCUCUCUCUGUGUUUGUAAUAGUAGGAGAAGAUAACAAAUAAUGACCUCAGUAGAGGGAAAUAUGUUUUAAAUUAAUGUUUCGACUGUUAAAGACUCGAAAACUUGUUGCAUAGUAGAGUCUCGUUAAAACUGAUAGUUUUGUGUUUAUUGUGUAUUGAACUGUAGCUUUGUUCACAUGGAGUGAAGUCAUAUGUUGUUGUU